AUGAAGAGAGCAAGGGCCACCAAGGACAAACAAGAAAGGCAAAGGACUCGCACCGGGGAGGCCCACGAGAGGCGCGCUGAGGCCCAGACUGGCACAGACAGGGAAACAGACAGUUCCGACGAAGCGGCGCAAUCAAGGGAGGCUAUGACGACUGGCGACAGCAGUGACCCGAAUAAGGCAUCGACUAGCAGCAGAUCCAGCUCACCGGGGGGCGAACCGGCUACAUCAGAAGAGGACGCAAAACAUGCCCAUGGCGGGACUUUCCCCAACCCAACUACUUUUGCGGAGCGAGUUAUGCAUAUUCUGGAGAACGCAAUAGCCCCCAAUGCAAUGUGGUGGUUACAAAAUGGGGAAGCUAUAGCCAUCAAUCCGGAGGUCUUAAGUAAUUGUGGAGUUCUUGCAAGCCAUUUCCAUGGCAACAGGUUUGCUACGUUUUUGCGGACUCUGACCCGAUG